AUGGCGAGAACUCUCUCUGUCCUUGGGCUUCUUGCCGCGGCAGCCUCGGCUGCUGUCAUUCGGAGAGACUACCUGAGCGACGAUGCUCUCUCGAAAUGUCCCGGCUACAAGGCCUCGAAUGUGCAGACUUCUUCGACCGGCUUGACCGCAGAGCUCUCACUCGCGGGGGAGCCCUGUGAUGCCUACGGAACAGACCUGACGGACUUGACUUUGACAGUCGAAUACCAGACUGACACUCGUCUUCAUGUCAAGAUCCAAGACGCCAACAAUACCGUGUACCAGGUCCCCGAGUCUGUGUUUCCUCGCCCCGAUGCUUCAGGUGGAAGUGAAGCAGGGUCCAAGUUGAAAUUCAACUACACCGAGAGCCCUUUCGCCUUCACAGUGAGUCGAAGCGACACUGGCGAGGUUCUCUUCGACACCUCUGGAACCAGUCUUGUCUUUGAGAGCCAGUAUCUUCGCUUGAGGACCAAACUGCCUGACAACCCCAAUCUCUACGGCUUGGGCGAGCACUCUGACCCUUUCCGGCUGAACACAACCAACUACGUCCGUACUCUCUGGUCUCAGGACUCUUACGGCAUUCCGUCGGGUGCCAACCUCUACGGAAACCACCCCGUCUAUUACGAGCACCGCAAGACAGGCACUCACGGAGUGUUCUUCCUGAACUCCAACGGCAUGGACGUCUUCGUCAACAAGACGGACGAGUCCGGUCAAUAUUUGCAGUACAAUACUCUCGGCGGAGUCCUCGACUUCUACUUUGUGGCCGGCCCUUCUCCCGUUGAGGUUACGCAGCAGUACGCCGAGGUCGCAGGACUUCCUGCUAUGAUGCCAUACUGGGGUUUGGGCUUCCAUCAGUGCCGUUACGGCUACCAGGAUGCCUUCGCUGUUGCCGAAGUUGUUUACAACUAUAGCAUCGCCGAGAUCCCCUUGGAGACGAUGUGGACCGAUAUUGAUUACAUGGAUAGACGGAGAGUCUUUUCACUGGAUCCCGAACGCUUCCCUCUCGAGAAAGUACGACAGUUGGUCGACAAGCUCCACGAAAAUGACCAACAUUACAUCGUGAUGGUGGAUCCUGCUGUGGCCUACCAGGAAUCUCCGUCCGUGUCGAGAGGCAUUGAAGACAACAUUUGGCUCCUACGAAACAACGGAUCCGUUUGGAUCGGCGUAGUCUGGCCUGGUGUCACAGUAUUCCCUGACUGGUUUGCAGCGAACAUUACAACAUACUGGAAUCGGGAGUUUGAGAUUUUCUUUUCUGCCGAGAGCGGCGUUGAUAUCGACGCUCUUUGGAUCGACAUGAACGAACCCUCCAACUUCCCAUGCUACUUCCCUUGCGACGAUCCUUAUGGUUCCGCCGUUGGGUUCCCGCCUGAUCCGCCUCCGGUAAGAGAAAACCCUCGACCUCUACCAGGAUGGCCAUGCGACUUCCAGCCCCCGGGUACAGCAUGCGAUGCCCAGUCUAAGCGUUCAGAGUUGGUGCACCAAGAAUCACCUAGAACGCUGCCACUCGAUCAGAAGUUCGACAACCUCGUUCUCGCCGAGAGACAGACUUCUGGAGAUCAAAAGGGCUUGCCAGGAAGAGACCUCCUGUCUCCAAAGUAUGCCAUCCACAACAAGGCCGCUUGGGAUACCGAGUCCAACGCAGCUGGCGGCGGCAUCUCCAACAAGACGGUCAACACGGAUGUCAUCCACCAGAACGGCCUGGCUAUGUAUGACACCCACAAUCUUUACGGGUCCAUGAUGUCCUCGGCCUCCAGAGUGGCCAUGGAAGCCCGUCGUCCCGGUCUUCGUCCCCUCAUCAUCACGCGCUCGACUUUUGCCGGCGCCGGCGCGACGGUCGGACACUGGCUCGGCGACAACCUGUCCAACUGGUCUCAGUACCGCAUCUCAAUCUCCCAACUUCUGCAGUUCGCCUCCGUCUACCAGGUACCCAUGGUUGGCUCCGACGCCUGCGGCUUCGGCGACAACACGAACGAGCAGCUGUGCGCACGAUGGGCCGCCCUCGCGGCCUUCUCGACUUUCUACCGCAACCAUAACUCUCUCGACAGUAUCUCGCAGGAGUUCUACCUCUGGCCGAGCGUCGCCGAGAGCGCCAAGAGGGCCAUCGGCAUCCGGUACCGCCUGCUCGACUACAUCUACACGGCCAUGUACCAGCAGACCGUCGACGGAACUCCCGUCAUCAGCCCGCUCUUCUACAAGUACACUCAAGACGAGAAGACGUUUGGUCUCGACUUGCAGUACUUCUACGGCGACGCCGUGCUCGUUGCACCCGUGACCGAGGAGAAUUCCACGUCCGUGGACGUUUACUUCCCCGACGAUGUGUUCUACGACUGGUACACGCACGAGACGAUCCAGGGCAAGGGCGAGACCGUGACCCUCACGGACAAGAACUACACCACCAUCCCGCUCUUCAUCCGCGGCGGCUCCGUGCUGCCCCUGCGCGCCAACAGUGCCAUGACGACCACCAAGCUCAGGCAGGAGAACUUUGAGCUCCUGGUCGCGGUGAACAGAGAUGGUACCGCCAAGGGCCAGCUUUACCUUGAUGAUGGCGUCAGUCUGGAGCAGGCUGGUGUCACACACAUCACGUUCGACUACAAAGACGGCAAGGUCGCGGUCGACGGCGAGUUCGGUUACGACGCGGGUAUCAGGGUGUCGAAGAUCACGCUUCUCAACGGCGGACAGCAGAGUGGAAAGAGAGAGGUGGCGGCGAAGACGGUCGAGGUUGACAAGCCCCUUACAGGGCCGUUUGUUAUUGACAUAAACUAG